GGAUUCGAUAACCUCAUAACCCUAAUUUCACACGACCGAGGAGAAGCCGUCUCUCUCUUCUCACCACCGCUGAUCUUUUCCAGAUGUCGCGUGUGUACGUUGGUAAUUUGGAUCCGCGAGUUACUGAGCGUGAGCUCGAGGAUGAGUUUCGUGUCUAUGGAGUCAUCAAGAGUGUUUGGGUUGCAAGACGUCCACCUGGUUAUGCCUUCCUUGAUUUUGAAGACUCAAGGGAUGCCCGCGACGCCAUCCGUGAUUUAGAUGGCAAGAAUGGAUGGAGAGUAGAGGAGUCUCAUAACCGCGGUGGUGGUGGAGGCCGUGGUGGUCGUGGAGGAGGUGAUGGUGGUCGUGGCCGUGGUGGUUCUGAUUUGAAGUGCUACGAGUGUGGCGAGCCUGGUCACUUUGCACGUGAAUGCCGCUCUCGUGGCGGCUCUGGGAGGCGUCGCAGUCCUUCUCCCCGUGGUCGCAGUCCUCCUAGAUACAGAAAGAGCCCAACCUAUGGAGAAAGGCGCAGGAGCUACAGCCCUCGUGCAAGGUCUCCUCCUCCUCCAAGGCGUCGCAGUCCUUCUCCUCGUGGUCGCAACUACAGUAGGUCACCACCACCUUACAGAGGACGUGACGAGGUGCCAUAUGCGAAUGGAAAUGGCCUGAAAGAUGUGCGCAGAAGCCGGAGCUGAGUGGUGAGGGAUGGAUGAGGAAACCUACUGUUUGCUUGCGACGUCAAGAGGACAGCUUAAGGAAAACUAGUAUAUGUAUUUCACUAAAAGAAACAUGUUUUUAGCUGUUGGGUGGAUUUGGAUAUGCUUGCCUACUUUUGUCUGCCGUGGUUAUGUCUACCGUUAGGUAAAAGUAUUUUUUAAUAUUCCUACUGAAGUUCUUAAAAGACUUAAAAACAGAAGUUCUGAGUGUUUUUGUUUUAUUAUGUCGAGGUUUCUUCCGUGUUUCUACUGCUUCAUUGCUUAUCUCUGCUUCUCUACUCUGCCUUGGGGCUUCUUCGUUGAUUGAUUGACCUGCAAUGGCUUCUUCAUAAUAAUUUACUGCAUUGUGGAUCAUAAUGUUUUUUUCGGAUCUCUCUCUGCUGCUUUGUUGCUAUCUCUUCUUCUCUGCUCUGCCCUGAGGCUUCUUCUUAGGUGAUUGACCUGCAGUGUCAUCUUCAUUGUAGUUUACUACGUUGUGGAUCUACUUGUUUCUGCUUCAUUGCUAUGUUCUUCUCUGCUCUGCCAUGAGACUCCUUCAUUAAUUGAUUGACAUGCAAUGGCUACUUCAUAAUAGUUUACUACGUUGUGGAUCUUAGCGUUUUCUUCGGGUCUCUACUGCUUCGUUGUUCAUCGCUUCUCUGCUCUGCCCUGAAGCUUCUUCGUUAAUUGUUUGACCUGCAAUGGCAUCUUCAUAAUGGUUUACUACUGUAGUGAAUCUCUACUUGUUUCUUCUGGUUUCUACUGCUUCAUUGCUCAUCGCUGCUUCCCUGCGCUGCCCUGCCCUGCCCUGAGGCUUCUUCUUAAUUGUAGUUUACCACACUGUGGAUCUCCACUUGCUACUGCUUCUGCUUCCUCGUACGUUUGAAAGCUUCGUCAGCUCUGAUCCUACCUUCUUCAAAACUCCUCUGGCCUUUCUUCUGAGAGUUUCUGAGCCGUUUCAACUUUCAAGCUUCAUUUUUUACACACUGUGGCAGGUAGUUAUUACAUUCCAGAUGUAUUCUUUGAAAGCAUGAUAGCUUUUGACCAAUGGCAUUAUAAAAAUACUCUGUUUUAAGCCUGUUCCUUACAGGUUGGUGCAAGAAGUGUUUUCUUUUAAUGGCACAUACUCUAGUUUA